AUGGGAAAGAAUAGUGUAAAGGAACUUGAAUACGAAUUAACGCUAUUACGAACAGAAAAUGAGUCACUAAAAAAGCAACAUACACAACAAAAUGUUUCAAGUGGUAAUGUCAGUGCCGUUAAAUCAAGAGCGUUUACUGAUGAAACUUGUGCAUCUCCAAUGGUUAAUAUAGCAAAAAUCGUACAACCUACAGCAACUGUUUCGAGUGUUCCUGUUUCUGGACCAACUACAGGUAUUGCACGAUCAAUAACACCUGGUCAAAAUAUACGUACUGGUUUAUCAACAGCAACUGUAACAUCGGCAGUAUCGCAUGCUAGUGCUGCUGCAGUUAAUGAAAUAUCAGGUGCAGCAGUACCAUCACCAGCUAAAAUGCAACCUACUGCCACUAUACAACGUGCACCUGGUGGAAAAUAUUCAGCACUGGCAGCUGCUGCAGCAUCACAUUCUGUUGAACAAUUAACCUCACAUCCGGUACCGAUUGCAGUACCACCAGUUACAGUCCCAGCUGGUGCUCGUGGAGUGCCACCACCAAUACCUCCAAAUAAACCAGUUGUACCACCAAAACGUGAACCAUCAUUAUCACGUUUGGGUUCGACAACAUUAAAUGCAGUGUGCAUGCCAAACACUGGAACAACUUCAACUGUUAAUACAACAAAUAUUAAGCCUAAUUAGAUUAAAAUCAUAACAGUGCUAAGUUAAACUUAAUUAUUUUUAGUAAACGCCAAAAUAGUUGGAAUAUUUGUGGGCUGUAUUUAUAAAACUUUUAUAUUAGCUCAAAUCUCCCUUUCUCUGCAAAAAAUAGUACUAAAUAGGAUAAUAAUUAAAUAAUUAAAAUAUCGUUUAUUUAACUCGGCUAUCUAGCUUUCACUUUAAAGAGUCUUCGGUAUUAAAUAUAAUAA